AAAAAGAGAGGCUUGACAGAAAACAAGACUCUCUGGCGCAGUACCGAAUGACUGAAUUCAUUUGAAUGCGAAUGUUUUGUGGAGCUGAAACGCGAAAUGUUGAAUGUCGAUAGAAAAUAGAUAUCCUUGUAGAAAGAACACUUCUGGAACACACGUUGUAAUGUAUUACUUUUUGUAUAAACGAAAUAAAAUCUUCGCUGAGAUUCAAUGCAGUUGACAGGAAUAAAAGACUCGUCCAAAACAACCAUCGUUUUCAUUACAAAGUUUUCUACAGCAGAACAAUGUUGUUAGUACAUAGCUUGUGCAUCAUACUGAUACUCUGUGUGUCGAUAGAGGCAUAUAAUAAUGUGCAAAAAGAUGAGGAUAACUUUGUGCCAUUUUCAACCAAAGAACCAAAAUAUGUUCCAACUUGGCCUAGCCUAGACAGCCGACCACUUCCAUCCUGGUACGAUGAGGCAAAGUUUGGAAUCUUUAUUCAUUGGGGUGUAUUCAGCGUGCCCAGCUUUGGCUCUGAAUGGUUUUGGAAUCAUUGGAAAAACGAAAUUAUAAGCACAAAAUUUCGCGAUUUUAUGAAACAAAGAUAUCCUCCAAAUUUCACUUAUCAAGACUUUGCACGAGACUUCACUGCUGAAUUCUUUAAUGCCACGGACUGGGCAGAGUUAUUCCAAGCAUCAGGUGCAAAGUAUAUUGUAUUAACAAGCAAGCAUCAUGAGGGAUAUACAUUGUGGCCAUCAACAUUUUCAUUCAGUUGGAAUUCUAUGGAUGUGGGACCUCAAAAGAAUCUUGUCGGUGAGCUGGAAAAAGCUAUUCGAAACAAAACAGAUAUAAAGUUUGGCUUGUAUCAUUCCCUGUUUGAAUGGUAUAAUCCUCUCUAUGUAUCAGACAAAGAGAACAAUUUUAAAACAGAUAGGUUUGUGCUUCAAAAGGCAAUGCCGGAAUUACGCGAGUUGAUAGAAACAUACAAACCAGAUAUAGUUUGGUCGGACGGAGAUGGAGAAGCAACGGAUACUUAUUGGAAAUCAAAGGAAUUUUUAGCCUGGCUCUACAACGAAAGUCCUGUGAAAGACGUAGUGGUGGUGAAUGAUAGAUGGGGCAUUAAUAUAUCAUGUCAUCAUGGUGGUUUUUUCACGUGUAAUGAUCGUUUUAAUCCUGGUGUACUUCUCCCACACAAGUGGGAAAACUGUAUGACUAUAGACAAAAAAUCCUGGGGAUAUCGUCGAAACGCCGUUUUAUCAGAUUACUAUACAUUGGCGGGAUUAGUGAAAGAGUUAGUAAUUACUGUAAGCUGUGGUGGAAAUUUACUAAUGAAUAUUGGACCAACAAAAGAUGGCAUCAUUACACCAAUUUAUGAAGAGAGAUUGCGUGGAAUGGGUGCUUGGCUAGCAGUUAACGGCGAAGCUAUUUACAAUACUAAACCAUGGACAGUACAAAACGAUACUUUAACAGAAAAUGUCUGGUAUACAUUAAGUAAUAAUCAAAAACAACUAUAUGCCUCAAUUCUAGAAUGGCCAGACGAUAAUACAUUGUUGUUAGGCUCGCCUAAACUUUUGAAGAAUUCUCAGAUACAUCUACUUGGUUAUUCAUCAGAAAUUCCUUGGAAACAAUCUGAUAAUGUGCUGGAAAUAAGUUUACCUGCUAAUGCACACAAAGGUCAACCAGCUUGGGUAUUAAAAAUGGGUAAAAAAAAUUGAAAGGGAUAUUGAUUAAAGAAAAUUGAUAAGAUACUAUUUUAUAUAUAAAUAUAGAUUUCUAGCAAUAUAUACAUAUUUAGUGUAAAUGUGUACUAAGAAUGUAUUCAUUUUUAAACAAGAAAAGUUCAAAAAUAUACUAAAAGAGAUUUAAAACAU